CAUACAAUUGCAAUAUAAAGCGACAUGACCUCUUAUUCCCACAAAAGCUGCAGACGGAUUGCAAUCCAUUGACAGUAUUCGAUGACCUUUAAAACCAUGGCAACCGAUCCUGAAUCAAUUCCUGCUUCAUGCAAGGUUGUCUUGUCUGGAAAUGUUGCAAAAGGUUUACUCGAGGAGGUGCUGGAGGGCCGCAAAGCCCUUGAGAAGCCACCCCACCUUGUCGGCUUACUGGCAAAUUCUGACCCGGCAGCGCGCAUGUAUGCAAAUUGGACAGAAAAGACUUGUAAAGAAAAUGGAUUCCGCUACUCUCUCCGUGAAGUGCAUCGUGAUGACAUAGAGGAGACCAUUCUCGCUGCCAACUUAGACCCUGACGUUGACGGGAUUAUUGUCUAUUAUCCAAUUUUCAAUAACAGACAAGAUCAAUACGUGCAGCAGCUUGUAGACAUCUCGAAGGAUGUUGAAGGGCUCAGUCACCGAUACAUUUUUAAUAUGUAUCAAAACAUACGAUUUUUGGACCCUAAGCCGGGCCCUCAGCGGCAAAAGUCCCUCCUACCCUGCACCCCCCUCGCUGUGAUUAAAAUUCUUGAAUAUCUACAAAUUUACAACACAAUCCUACCAUAUGGAAACAGACUGUUUGGCCAUACAAUUUGCGUCGUGAAUCGAUCUGAAGUCGUGGGUCGCCCCCUUGCAGCUUUACUGGCCAAUGACGGCGCGCGUGUCUACAGUGCGGAUAUCACUGGUAUCCAGCAGUUUACUCGAGGGGAAGGCAUAAAAAAACGGCGACAUGAAGUUGUUGAUAUGGAUGGAUGGACGUUGGAAGACGCGGUGCCGCACUGUGAUGUUGUUAUAACCGGAGUACCGGGGGAUUCAUUCAAGUUUAAUACCAGCCUACUGAGACCCGGAGCUGUCUGCAUAAACUUCUCUAGCCAAAAGAAUUUUAACCCAGAUGUCAAGGAUAAGGCAUCCAUAUAUGUACCUGCAAUUGGGAAAGUAACAAAUGUGGUUUUGCUGCGCAAUCUUUUGCGCCUUGUGCAAAAUCGAAGAGUUGAUGAUGUCCAUCCAGCCGAUGCGGUUGAGAAACCUGGCACACUUGAAGGUGUCAGCACGCCAUCAGGGUGAGAUGUUAUGUUUUGAGUGGAGAUUGUCCAGGUUGGCAUAUAAAAGGUGAUUUUGCAUGACAUUCUUGUAAUUGACUUAUUAUUCAAACGCGAGUGCCCCUUGUUAUUGGCACUCAAACUUCUACAGGGACGGCGCUUGAAUAAUCAUUCCCAUUCCUCACCACUUCGGCUUCCAAGAUACACAGGCAUUAGCACCUAGGUAAUAAUCCUUAUCACAAAAGAGACCUCAGAGAACACAGCAAUACAUUGUUCAAUUAGAUUGGGGAAGCAAAAGGCAUGCAAGGACAAGAGCAGGAAUUAUGCUAAAAAGCAUGACUUUGUGGAUGUCAUUUUUCAUAUUUUGCAGAUAAAAACAAAAAAGAGCCCUAGAACCCCUAGCUAUUGAUUUGCUUCCUCGCUUUC